CUAAACACAAUCAUGCAGAAUAACAUUCUAAUCGACGACACUCUGAAAGUAAAGGAAGUUAACAGGGAUGGAAAGCACUUUGAUAAAGUGUCAAGAAUCAAUGGUGUUACCGAAGUCUACGAGUACGAGAUUACUCUUGAUGUCCAUGCUGAUUAUAUCAAAGAAGGAAGUCUCUACAAGAUAGCUCUCACCAACGAAAUGGAUCUUGACGAGGAGGACUCUGAUUACUACGGCAUGAGCAGCCUCACUGAAACUGUCUUCAAGGACUACGAUUACGUAAUGCACGGCAAGGUCUUCAGAUUCGAUAUCAAGGAUGAGAACAACAUUUCCCAGUAUAUUUCCUUCGGUGGUCUCAUCCUCAAGAUUACAGGAGAUAUUAAGUAUCUCAAGAAUUUAGAAAUUGAUUCGAAAGUCUUCUUGAUGCUCAAGGAAUGCAAGUAAAUUAUAUAACAUUUUCAUUGAGCAGAGAGACCUUC